AUGCCGUCCCCAAAUCCCACCCUCCGCUACCAAGUAAUCCGCAUAUACAAAGAGCUCCUCUUCCUCGGCCGCGACUACCCCCAAGGAUUCACCCACUACCGCACCCGCCUGCACAAAGCGUUUUCCAGCCAACGCGACGUGACAGACGAAGAGGCGAUCAAGCAGGGGAUUAAACGGGCGGAGUUUGUGAAGAAAGGUGCGUUUUGCUGUGUGUUUGAUUAUGUGUUUUGGGGGGCUAACUAG